CGGUAGUCGGCGGCGCUGGGCGGGAGAGGCGCGGCGCCUUCCCGUGAGGCCCCGCGCGGCGCGACGGUUGGCGGAAUGGCGGCGCGCGGCUCCUCGCUGGUGGAGGCCGUGCUGGCCUGCUCGGGGCACCCGGAGAAGGAAGGCCUGGGCGGCCGCCUCGCCCGACUCUCCCGCCGGGCCGAGGAGCUCAAGGAGGAGGUUUGCAGCAUGAUCAACCAAAGGUAUAUGGAGUUCCUGCCCAGCGUGCAGAGCGCCAAGGACCUGGAGUGCCAAGUGGAGGAGCUCUCAGCCGGCAUCGACCAGCUGAGAUCCAGGAUCGAGAACGAGGUCCAGCAAGACCUCAACGUGGCCAUCGCAGACUUCGCUGACCUGAAGCAGCAGCUGGAGAGGGAGAUGCUUGUCCUGAGCGUGUUGAAGCAGCUCCAGGAGUUUGACACCGCUCUCAAACAGUUCGGUACCUUGCUGCCUCUGAAGAAGUACACGUCAGCAGCCGGCCAACUGAACAAGGCCCGGAGAAGCCUGAAAACUAUGGAGUCCCGUCGGGGCUUUGAGCUGAAGAUUCUGAAGGCUCUCGGCCAGGAGCUCACCAUCCAGACCCAAAACAUUCUGUAUCUUUUGGAUCAGGAGUGGCAGCGGAUGGUGGUGUGGAAGCUUCCCCAGGCACAAGAACUCAGCUGCCUAGAGGCAGCUACCCAAACGGAGUUGCACCUGUGCCUGUCGACAGAAGAUGCGGCCACAGACCUAGCAGUUUCGAAAGUCCUGCAGGCUUUCGCUGUCCUGGGGGAACUGGAGAUGAAGUUCAAGCAUUUUGGACAGCUACUUCUGAAGCACGUCCUCAGGCCUUUGAUCUGUUGCCCCUCCUUGCGGCUCUCGAUGGAAGACGCACCCGAUGGCGUCACACUCAAAUUUGAGUCUGUGGGCUCCAGCCUGGGCCACCCGUCCCCCUUGGAAGUGUUUGCGAAGCUCAAAUCGGUGUUCAGCGUCCUCCACCAACACCUGCUGGACACACCGCUUGGCCGUUGCGAGGGAGAGGAGGGGGAGGAGACCGACCCCAGGCCCGUUUUGGCCGAGGUGCUGGGCAACGUGAUUUGGAAGAAGAUGUCCGACUGCCUCAUUUGCGAUUGCUUGGUGCACUCCAUCCCCAGCAACAGCAGCCAGCUGGCAGAGUACACGGAGGUUAUUAAAGCAACAGAAGACUUUGAAAACACCUUAAAAGACAUGAAGUUCCUUCCGGAGGACUCCGUGGAUUUGUUGACCUAUGCCCGCAAUGUUAACUGCCAUUUUGCCAACAAGAAAUGCCAAGAUGUUAUCGUGGCGGCCAGAAACCUGAUGACCUCAGAAAUACACAACACCGUGAAGGUCACCCCAGACUCCGUGCUAGCUCUCCCCACCCUGCCUGCCUCCGGAGCCGGGGACCAGUCAAAGAUGCCGGAAGGGCCCGAGCUGCUUCUCAAGCAGGUGACCAACUUGGAGAACAAGACCAGGCUGAGCCGCCACAUCUUUUCUUUCCCCACCUGCCGCAUCAGCGACUCGGUCCAGAGAUUGAUGUCUUUGGCCUAUCAGACCCUCCAGGAGGCCUCUGGCAGCACUGACCAAUGCUGCAUCCAGCUCUUCUACCUGGUGCGGAACAUCUUCCAUCUCUUCUGCGACGUGGUGCCCAUGUAUCAUAAAGAAAACCUUCAGAAACUUCCCCAGCUGGCUGCCAUUCACCAUAACAACUGCAUGUACAUCGCCCAUCACCUCCUGACCAUGGGCCACCAGUUCAGGAGCCGGCUGAAUGAUGGGACAGCCACCUUUGUUGACUUGGUGCCCGGGUUCAGGAAACUAGGGACAAAGUGUUUCCUCGCCCAGAUGCGGGUUCAAAAGGAGGAGCUUCUGGAGAGACUGUCCAUCUCGAGGAAUUUCUCCAACCUGGACGAUGAGGACAACUACUCUACGGCCACCAGAGCUGUCCGUCAGGUUCUGCACCAACUGAAGAGGCUUGGCAAAAUCUGGCAGGAUGUUCUACCGGUCAACAUCUACUGCCGGGCCAUGGGAACCCUGCUGAACACGGCCCUUGUGGAAAUCAUCAGCAGGAUCGUUGCUCUGGAGGACAUCUCCGCUGAGAACGCCGACCGGUUGCACGCCCUGUGCAAGACCGUGGUGGACGAGGGGCCCCGGGUCUUGGUGCCCCUUCCGGAAGAAAAGGAGAACCUACACUUCCAGGAGGAGGUGGCCGUUUACGUGCCCAAAUGGAUGAUGUUCCGGGAGCUCAUGUUGGUUUUACAGGCCAGCCUGCAAGAAAUCGUGGACAGGUGGGCGGGCAGCAAAGGGCCCCUGGCCGCCGAGUUCUCCCCCAGCGAGGUGAAGACCCUCAUCCGAGCCUUGUUCCAGAACACGGAGCGGAGGGCAGCUGCCUUGGCCAGCAUCAAGUAGCGUCUGCCCCCCCCCUCAGAAAGACCGUCCUGGCCCGGCCGCACUCCCUGCAGCUGAGGCUGCUCCCCCCACCCCCCCGGUCUCCCCUUCCCUUCCGUGGGGGUUCUGAUGUGUCCAGAGGUUUCUGGAGCUGUUCCGUAGUCAUUUGGAAGCCCAUCAAGUCCCACGUGUGGCUCACCGUCUCUGGACCUCAGGAAACGACUUUCCCAGCAGAACAUGUGAUCCACCGACUGGACCUUCUGCCCAAAGAAGAUCCCACCAGCUGGUCCAGAUCUUGGACAUGACCCGUUUGGGCUUGCUGGAGCUCUGGGCAGCGGCACCUCCAAAGCCGGACGUGAAGAAACAGCAUCUAUGCAGCUUCUUCCCAAGGGAGCCCUCUUCUCGCACACCUUACCGCUUCUCUUUUGCGAGUGGCUUCUAAAGCACACCUGACUUGAAAGGUGGGGGGGGAGGGGAAAAAAAAAUAAACCAACCUUCCAUCAGAAGCCUUUCAAGGCUCUUUAAAGUGCCAAA